UUACGGACUGUUCGCAACUGCUAUCUAUACUAAUUCUUUCAAAAAACCAGUUCAACAAGGCAUUAGCUUUGAUUACCAAUAUAAUCUGUCUGGUAUUGUAAUCAAGCACGGUCCUUGAAAGAUCCGAUCCGGGUCGGCAAUCGUUCGCUCCGCGUUCCGACUCUAAAAUCCAUCUAUGGAAACAAAACAGGCGAUUAGGUGUUUACGUGGAAGGAGAAGCAGGAUGGUCAGACGGCAUGACGAUUGGUCUGCUUAUACUCCGACACGAGGUUGACUAACCCAUAAAUUCUAGCGGACACGCUAUGCAGCUGAGGUUUCCUGUACUUAUCUCAAUUUCUCUGUUCAACUGAUUAUUAACAGGUUACCUUGAAAUGGGUGUAUCAUAUCCUGAAAAUCAGCUCAAGGAAGACGACUCUGAUGCCGUCCUUUCGUCCACCCCACCAACACGUGGAAUGUUCGAGCGGUUAUGGGAGUUGAUUCCUGGGGGCCGCAGCAAGAAUACAACAUCCGAAACGACGAGUUGUGACCUCCCCGAGACAACGUCUAACAGACGGCGAGCGUCAGUCGCGGAGCAUUCCCUCGAGAGAGACGAACACCUUUCUGAACACCUGCCUAAAGUUCCCAGCCGAUGCGAUGACCAAAACGAACCAUAUCCUUCGCAGGAAACCGUCCUAUACCUAGCCUACGGCUCAAACUUGGCUUCGAAGACGUUCCUGGGAAUGCGAGGCAUUAAACCCCUCUCUCAAAUCAACGUCAUGGUUCCUGAAUUACGAUUAACCUUCGAUCUUCCUGGGCUGCCGUACCUCGAGCCUUGCUUCGCAGCGAGUCAAUUCCGCGACGCUUCAUGCAAGGGAACGGAUACAAACCAUAUCACUGAUAGUGAAUUGGAAGGAGAUUUGACUUCAGAAGAGGCAGUGCUCAUCUCACAACCAGAGCACAAUUAUCUACCCGAUGAUCCUCUCGUCGGUGUCGUGUACGAGGUCACUCUUACCGACUAUGCUCGCAUUAUAGCGACAGAAGGAGGCGGGAAUGGAUACAAGGACAUUGUUAUCGACUGCUAUCCAUUCGCCGAAUCUUACGACCCAACCGAGCCCAUUCCUGACUGUCCAGAAUCAAAGCCUUUCAAGGCACAUACCCUUCUCGCUCCUGUCACGAACCUAGACGAGAUAUCUCGGCGCGCUUAUGCGCAGCGAACACACUCCUUUGUCCGGCGAUCUGGGCCCGCUGUGCGGAAGCCUGGCUACUCUCAGCCAUCCGCUCGCUACCUCAACUUGAUCCUCACAGGGGCAGCCGAACAUAAUCUCCCUAUCUCUUAUCGGGCGCAUCUCUCUCGGGUACCCACAUAUCGUAUCACAACUGUUGGUCAAAAGAUAGGCAAGUCGAUCUUUCUACUAACGUGGGGUCCACUUAUGCUUCUGAUACUCAGACUCUCAAGGAUUCUUGCUGGUCCGGAUGGUCGCAGUCCGCAAUGGUUGAUGAAGCUGUCGGAUAUCAUAAUAGCCGCAAUGUGGGGUUCUUACGAAGUCAUAUUUCGUCCGCUUUUUGGAGAUGGUGAACGGACUAUAGAGUAGGAAAGAUGAUUUAAUUCUCAAUUCAUAGAUAUACUCAAGACCAAUCCA